AUGAAGCAAGAGCCGUUUGCUGUUGAGCAGUUUAUGGACAAAUACGAAUCGGACAUCACAUAUAACUUGGGGGAAACAUGUGUGGAAUCAAUCUCCAUAAAUGAUCUUCUUCAGAAUGUGCUGCCAGCCGAGAAAGAUAACUUUGUUUCCAAUUUGCUAGCUUCAAAGCUCACAUAUGGCCAUAUUCGUGGCUCUCCUGAAUUGAGAGACAAAAUUGCACAAUUGUAUGGCGAUUCUAGUAUUACCAGAGAACACGUUAUCAUCACAAACGGUGCAAUCGGUGCUAACUUUUUGGCAUUUUAUGCUAUGGUCAAUCCAGGGGAUCAUAUCAUUGUUGUUGACCCUACAUACCAGCAGUUGUCUUCCGUUCCAGUUAUGUUUGGUGCUAUCGUCGACAAACUUAUUGUUGAGCCUUCUACUGGAUAUUUGCCAGAUUUAAAGUGGCUCGAAAGUACAAUAUCCCAGAAUAAGACAAAAAUGUUGGUCAUCAACAAUCCAAACAAUCCUACAGGUUACGUAUGGGAUGAUUCGACUUUGCAAGCAAUUAUAGCAAUCUGUCAGAGGCACUGUGUCACCUUGUAUUCUGAUGAAGUUUAUCGACCCCUUUUCCAUACUGGUAGUCCAGCUUCUUCCGCAGUAACACUUGCAGAGGAUGGUGUUAUUGUUUCAGGAUCCAUGUCCAAGGCAUUCUCACUAGCUGGGUUACGCUUAGGCUGGCUUGUAACUCGGAACAAACUGGCAUUGAACGCCUUUUAUGAAAAAAGAGAUUAUAACACAAUCUCUGUGCUGGUUUUAGAUGAUGCAUGUGCAUUAUUAGCUUUGCAAAAUGCAGAUAAACUCCUUCUCAGGAAUCACAACAUUUGUGAGAAAAAUCUUUCCAUGAUAAGAAACUUUGUCAAACAUAACAAUGAUAAGGUGCUGUGGAUAGAACCAAGGGGAGGAUCAACUUGUUUCUUGCGUUUGAACAAUUAUGAAACUACUAUGGAACUCGCUCAAACUCUUGCCGUAACCCUGAAGGUUUUGGUGGUUCCCGGUGAGGUUUUCGGGUAUCCGGGGUGGAUCCGUGUAGGCUUUGGAAAUUCGACGUCUGAUGUCGAAGGAGGAUUAGCAAUUCUAAGUAAACAUUUGCAAUGA